CUAAUGAAAGUCUCGAUCUUGGGUUGUAUUUUUCUGUAAUCUAAUCCAAACACAUCUUUUCCUUAUCUACUCACUCGCCUGUGGAGCUCUUCAUUGUGUUCUUUUCUUAAUGAAGUUUUACCACGAAGCCAAAAAAUCUGCGACGGCAACUUUCUCAGGAAUACAGGCAACAAGGGCUUCAUUCAGUGUCGAUUAAAUUCUUAAAUCUCUGGAAAACUUCCAUUGCCCAUGGUCUGAAGUCGGGCGAGAUCUGUUUAACUGUCGCCUUCGAGUUUAAGAACCAUGCAUAUUGCUGCAAGUACGUUGUGAUCCUGGCUCUUGCUUUUUCUCGUCUUCUCUUACGAAAUGUCGAAUAGAUACAGCUUCAGUAAAAUGUCUUGUCAACAGCAUUUCUCGAUUCAUUCAUCUGGUUUCUUGCCAAAUGGUGAAACCAAUGCCAUUUCAGAAGAACUACAAUCAUAUGAUUGGCGUGUUAAAGCGUUUGAAACCAGUGCUCGAUGAUGUUAUACAUUGCAAAACUUACUUAGAUGAAAAUCUAUGUAAAGAGUGCGAAGAAUUGGAUAUGGCAGUUAAUGGAGCUCGAGAGUUAUUGGAAAAUUGGAGCCCAAAGAGAAGCAAGAUUCUUAGUGUUCUGCGAAGUGGGUCAUUGUUGAUGAAAAUACAGAUAUCCUCAGUUGAGAUUUGUCACUUGAUAUUUAGAUCCCUACAGUCACCUCCGCCUACUUCAGUUUUGGCUAGUCUCGAGAACUAUUUGCAGGAGCUUAAAUGUUUGAAGAAGGAACCAGCCACAGGCUACAUAGAAGAGGCGUUGACAAAUCAAAGAGAAAAUAUUGAACUUCACAACGAAAAUCUAAAGAAAAUCAUUGAGUUGCUUGGAUUGACGGCAAACCUGGAACUUAUGAAAGAAAGUAUUGCUGUGGAAAAGGAAAGACUGAGUACUGAAGUCAAGAAAGUGAAAGCAGAAUUAGAUGAAAUUAAUGCAAUUGUGGGUCUUGUCUGCAGCUUACGUGAUUAUGCAAUUAAAUUUGAGCGCCCUGAAGGCAAAAGUGGCAUCUCAAUUCCUUCAUACUUUAUAUGUCCUUUGUCAUUGGAACUUAUGGUGGAUCCUGUUAUUGUGGCUUCUGGUCAGACAUAUGAUAGGGUAUCCAUCCAAAAAUGGCUUGAUCAUGGGUUGAAUGUUUGUCCCAAGACUCAUCAGAGACUUGCUCAUACAAACCUCAUUCCUAAUUAUACUGUGAAGGCCAUGGUAGCAAAUUGGUGUGAGGAAAAUAAUGUCAAACUUACCAAUAACUCUGAGUUCAAUAAUAUGAAAACCCCCAUAGACCAUUCAUUGCCCCAAGAUUUAGCUCGUUCAUGUAGUUUUGGGUCUGUACAUAGUAGUAAUUCCACAUCAAGAUCAUCUCUUCAAACUGGAAAUGCAUUUGAAAAGCAAAAAGGUGAUAUCUCUUCCAGAUUAAGUGGAGAAUCCAAUGGAUGCCAGAGCUUAGAAAUAGAAAAAUUUGAGCAACAAUCUCCUGCUCCUUCCUAUAUUUAUAGUAGAAGUGAAUCAUUCUCAAGUUCCAUUUCUAGUACUGACUGUGCACACCCUGUUUCAAAAGAAGCAUCAGAGAUAGUUAGUAAGCAAGAAAAUGUAAAGGAGCUGUCCGGAGAAAUCACCAAGGGAUCUACAGCUCCUGCAAAUAACGAAUCAGAGUCUUCUCCUUGGUUAUCAGGAAAGCAAUUUCAAGGCCCAAGAUCAAAAUUAGGAGAAACAGAGACUAGAAAUGAUAAUAAUAACCGCCAUUCAAAAGUUCAUUCUCUUCCUGUUUGCAAUUCAGGAUAUGAUGAGUUGACAACUGCAUCUUAUGUCAAUAAGUUGAUUGAAGAUCUUCACAGUCCAUGCGAUGAAGCGCAAACUAAGGCUGCAGAAGAAUUGAGGCUUCUUUCGAAGCACAAUGUGGAAAACCGAAUCAUGAUAGGGCAGUGUGGGGCUAUCGCACCUUUACUUUCACUUCUUUAUUCAGAAGUGAAGAUAACACAAGAGCAUGCUGUGACAGCCUUGCUGAAUUUGUCGAUUAGUGAAGAUAACAAGGCCUUGAUUGUGGAAGCUGGAGCAAUCGAACCACUUAUCCAUGUUCUGAAAACUGGAAAUGAUGGGGCCAAGGAGAAUUCUGCAGCAGCUCUAUUUAGCCUUUCUGUAAUAGAACACUAUAAGGCAACAAUUGGCCAGUCUGGUGCGGUCAAAUCUUUGGUUGAUCUCCUUGGCUCAGGAACUCUUAGAGGACAGAAGGAUGCUGCUACUGCUUUAUUUAACCUAUCAAUAUGUCAUGAGAAUAAAGCUCGUAUUGUUCAAGCUGGAGCCGUGAAGCAUCUGGUUCAGUUGAUGGACCAUUCUGCUGGAAUGGUUGAUAAAGCUGUUGCUCUUUUGGCAAAUCUGUCAACAAUUGCAGAGGGGCGAUUAGCAAUUGCAAGGGAGGGGGCCAUCCCCUUGCUAGUUGAGUUUGUUGAUUCAGGUUCCCAAAGGGGAAAGGAAAAUGCUGCAUCCAUUCUCUUACAACUAUGCCUUCAUAAUACCAAGUUUUGUACUCUGGUUCUGCAAGAAGGAGCUGUACCUCCCUUGGUUGCAUUAUCUCAAUCCGGUACACCAAGAGCAAAGGAAAAGGCACAACAACUUCUAAGCCAUUUUCGUUAUCAACGGGAAGGAGCUACUGGGAAGGGAAAAGCUUGAAGACAGACAAUUUUGGUCAUUUUAUUGCCCUUUUUUCUUGCCUUAGUAACUUGUGAUAAUCAUCUUCCUCUCUCUUCCAUAUCUGUCAUUCAAGACUUCAGGGAUGUCUUCUCCUUAUUUGUGUCAUACCGGGUGGCUUGUCAUGGGUUAUAAAUUUUAAACUGGGAUUAGAUUGAUAUUGCCAAGAUGCCUCAUUUGCCCCCUUUUUUCAUCUUUCGUGGGCUUUUCAGGGUUAUUUUCUUUCCAAUGGAAGAAGGAAUUUUUAGGGGGAGGUCGGUACUAUUGCAUUUAUUUAUCAAAGGUGUGGCUUGUGAAGGCGUAAACUUGAAUGUUGUGGAAUGAGUCGUAAGUCGUAACUGAUGCUGUCUCUGCCGGUGUUGUAGAUAUUUGUAUAUAUGUUAUAGAUUCUUGUGACAUUCUAUAGAUUAUUGUUCUUUAUUCUGCUUAUUUGGACAUGAGACUUAUGUUUCAUUUCUAUUUAUUUAUUCCAUCCCUCCAUUUAUCUAGUCAUUCA